UUGUGUUGCUUGAUACAACAACUGUGCUGGGAGAGCUAGGAUGGAAAACAUAUCCAUUAAAUGGGAUCCUGCAGUCUCAGAUUUCUACUCUGUUCUGACCAACACUGUAUGUGAAGUGGGUCACGUGUCAGCCAUCUUUGACCUAUUUCCAACACUGCUAAAAGGGGGGAAAAUUCGAGAAGGCACUGAAGAGACCACCUCACCAGACCCUGAUGUUACUUCUCCUCUGGAUGUACAUGCUGCAGCUCCAUAGGAGCCAGUGGGAUGCCAUCACUGAAAUGGAUGAACACAAUAGGCCCAUUCACACAUACCAGGUAUGCAAUGUAAUGGAACCAAACCAAAACAACUGGCUUCGUACAAACUGGAUCUCCCGCGACGCAGCUCAGAAAAUUUAUGUGGAAAUGAAGUUUACAUUAAGGGAUUGUAACAGCAUCCCAUGGGUUUUGGGGACUUGCAAAGAAACAUUUAAUCUGUAUUAUGUGGAAUCAGAUGAGUCCCAUGGAAUUAAAUUCAAGCCAAGCCAGUAUACAAAGAUUGACACAAUUGCUGCUGAUGAAAGUUUUACCCAGAUGGAUUUGGGUGAUCGUAUCCUGAAGCUAAACACGGAAAUUCGUGAGGUGGGUCCUAUAGAAAGGAAAGGAUUUUAUUUGGCUUUUCAAGAUAUUGGGGCAUGCAUUGCCUUGGUCUCUGUCCGUGUUUUCUACAAAAAAUGCCCCUUCACUGUUCGUAACUUGGCUAUGUUUCCUGACACCAUCCCAAGGGUUGAUUCUUCUUCUUUGGUUGAAGUAAGGGGCUCUUGUGUGAAGAGUGCAGAAGAGCGUGACACUCCUAAACUAUAUUGUGGAGCUGAUGGAGAUUGGCUGGUUCCUCUUGGAAGGUGUAUCUGCAGUACAGGAUAUGAAGAAAUUGAAGGUUCUUGUCACGCUUGCAGACCAGGAUUCUAUAAAGCAUUUGCUGGGAACACAAAAUGUUCUAAGUGCCCUCCACACAGUUUAACUUACAUGGAAGCAACUUCUGUCUGUCAGUGUGAAAAAGGUUACUUCCGAGCUGAAAAAGACCCACCUUCCAUGGCAUGUACCAGGCCACCUUCAGCUCCUAGGAAUGUGGCUUUUAACAUCAAUGAAACAGCCCUUAUUUUGGAAUGGAGCCCACCAAGUGACACAGGAGGGAGAAAAGAUCUCACAUACAGUGUAAUCUGUAAGAAAUGUGGCUUAGAUACCAGCCAGUGUGAGGACUGUGGUGGAGGACUCCGCUUCAUCCCAAGACAUUCUGGCCUCAUCAACAAUUCCGUGAUAGUACUUGACUUUGUGUCUCACGUGAAUUACACCUUUGAAAUAGAAGCCAUGAAUGGAGUUUCUGAGUUGAGUUUUUCUCCCAAGCCAUUCACAGCUAUUACAGUGACCACGGAUCAAGAUGCACCUUCCCUGAUAGGUGUGGUAAGGAAGGACUGGGCAUCCCAAAAUAGCAUUGCCCUAUCAUGGCAAGCACCUGCUUUUUCCAAUGGAGCCAUUCUGGACUACGAGAUCAAGUACUAUGAGAAAGUCUACCCACGGAUAGCGCCGGCAUUUUGGCACUACCUGCGGGUAGAAGAGCAUGAGCAGCUCACCUAUUCCUCCACGAGGUCCAAGGCGCCCAGUGUCAUCAUCACAGGCCUCAAGCCAGCCACCAAGUACAUAUUUCAUAUCCGAGUGAGGACUGCAACAGGAUACAGUGGCUAUAGCCAGAAGUUUGAAUUUGAAACAGGAGAUGAGACUUCUGACAUGGCGGCUGAACAGGGACAGAUUCUCGUGAUAGCCACCGCAGCUGUUGGGGGAUUUACUCUCCUCGUCAUUCUUACUUUGUUCUUCUUAAUCACUGGGAGGUGCCAAUGGUACAUCAAAGCUAAAAUGAAGUCAGAAGAGAAGAGGAGAAACCACUUACAGCAGAAUGGGCAUUUACGCUUCCCAGGAAUUAAAACUUACAUAGAUCCAGAUACAUAUGAAGACCCAUCCCUAGCAGUUCAUGAAUUUGCAAAGGAGAUUGAUCCCUCAAGAAUUCGCAUUGAGAGAGUCAUUGGGGCAGGAGAAUUUGGAGAAGUCUGUAGUGGGCGACUGAAGACACCAGGGAAAAGAGAGAUCCCCGUUGCCAUCAAAACUUUGAAAGGUGGCCACAUGGAUCGACAAAGAAGAGAUUUUCUAAGAGAAGCUAGUAUCAUGGGUCAGUUUGACCACCCAAAUAUCAUUCGACUGGAAGGUGUUGUCACAAAAAGAUCCUUCCCGGCCAUUGGGGUGGAGGCGUUUUGCCCCAGCUUCCUGAGGGCAGGGUUUUUAAAUAGCAUCCAGGCCCCGCAUCCAGUGCCAGGGGGAGGAUCUCUGCCCCCCAGGAUUCCUGCUGGCAGACCAGUAAUGAUUGUGGUGGAAUAUAUGGAGAAUGGAUCCCUAGACUCCUUUUUACGGAAACAUGAUGGCCAUUUCACAGUCAUCCAGUUGGUCGGUAUGCUCCGAGGCAUUGCAUCAGGAAUGAAGUAUCUUUCUGAUAUGGGCUAUGUUCAUCGUGAUCUAGCAGCUAGGAAUAUAUUGGUCAACAGCAACUUAGUAUGCAAAGUUUCCGAUUUUGGUCUCUCCCGGGUACUGGAAGAUGAUCCAGAGGCUGCUUAUACAACAACUGGUGGGAAAAUUCCGAUAAGGUGGACAGCCCCAGAAGCUAUUGCCUAUAGAAAGUUCUCCUCGGCAAGUGACGCGUGGAGCUAUGGCAUUGUCAUGUGGGAGGUCAUGUCCUACGGAGAGAGACCUUAUUGGGAAAUGUCUAAUCAAGAUGUCAUUCUGUCCAUUGAAGAAGGCUAUAGACUUCCGGCUCCCAUGGGCUGUCCAGCAUCUCUACACCAGCUGAUGCUCCAUUGCUGGCAGAAGGAGAGAAACCACAGACCAAAAUUUACUGACAUUGUCAGCUUCCUUGACAAACUGAUCCGCAAUCCCAGUGCCCUUCACACCCUGGUGGAGGACAUCCUUGUGGUUAAUGGACCCCACAGCCAGUGCCCAUCAACAGAGCUCUCUAACUGUUCUAUGGCUGUAGAAGCAGGCAGAAUGCCAGAGUCUCCUGGUGAAGUUCCCGAAUAUCCUUUGUUUGUCACAGUUGGUGACUGGCUGGAUUCUAUAAAGAUGGGACAAUAUAAGAAUAACUUCAUGGCAGCAGGGUUUACGACUUUUGACCUGAUUUCAAGAAUGAGCAUUGAUGAUAUUAGAAGAAUUGGAGUCAUACUCAUUGGACACCAGAGACGAAUAGUCAGCAGUAUCCAAACUUUACGUUUACACAUGAUGCACAUACAAGAGAAAGGAUUUCAUGUAUGAAAGUACUACAAGCACUUGUGUUUUGUGCCUCAGCAUUUCUAAAGUGAAAGAUAUCCUCUCUACUACCCUCCCUUCCGAUUCUCCAAACAUCACUUCACAAACUGCAGUCUCCUGUUCAGACAAUGGGCACACACCUUUUGUUUAUGCUUCCAACCCGGAUUUUAAAAUCACGCCUCAUAGCUCCUCUCUGAGUUACCUGCAAAUGAAACCCUGGCCCACUGCAGAUUACCACUACACAAUGGUAAAUAACUCAGCAUGGAUGUGCAACUUUGUACAACAGUAUUUGGGAAGUGUUCACAAACUUAACCUAACGGAAUUUUCCCAGGUGUGGCUUCCUUAAUGAUGGAUGUAUUUAGAGUUUGAUGAUAUAUGAAAAAGAAAUAGUUGACCUUUCUUUCAUGUUUUGUGAUCAGGUAGCUUCCAAACUGACAUAAAUAUGUUUUAGAUCAUUAUAUUCAACUCUGUGGAUCAUAUUGUUACUUUAUUUUAUAAUAGUUUAACUGUUAAUGCCUGAUGUUGUUAGACUUAUUUGCAGCAAUGACCAAUGAUUUCAUUUGGUGAAUUCUUGCCAUAUGUGACUGCGCUAAGAAGGGGGUUAUCAGGGAGGUAGAGGGAGAAACACUCUGUGCUUUUCAAUCUUCUAAGGCUGAGUUUGUCUAUUCUUUUAAAUUGACCUUGUAGUGUCCUACAUAUUUUGUAAUAAGUGGUAGUUUAGAGGCUUUUCCCCUUUAAUUUUUACUAACUACAUUUCUCUCCUACAUUAUGAAGCUCACCCCAGAAAGAUCAAGAGUGAGUCCAGUGUUCUAAAGGCUUUCAUAGAGGAAGCAUGAAAUAAAACCAUGUCUGUUCCCUUGGUUCACCUUCAUAAGUUUGCAAAAGCAAUUUUCAAAGCAUUGAUAAAAUUAAUUAUUUUCAGGGGAAUUGCUUUGAAAAACAGAUCUAAGAUUAUAGCCUUAGAUAUAAUGUAAAGAAGAUUAAUUUAAACAGAAUUUUAUGAUAGCUGUAUGAGGGCCCCAAGAAUAAAUACAUUUGGCUGACAGUCUGAUAUUGGUGCAUUUUGCAAGUUUAAGAACUUUUAUAUUUUGUUCAUGAAAAAUAAGUUAGUUACAUGAACAUGCUGAGCUGUUUUCCGAACCUCUCAAGAGACAAGUAUGUCACUGCAUGUUCCAAAGGUAUGAACAGACCUAAAACAUGAGCGUAUAUAAAUUGUGUGUCAACCUGAGUCCAUAACAUAGUAACUUAAAAAUGUGAACACAGCUAUAGUGUAUUGUCAUAAUCUUCUCAGAGGCUGCAAAAAAAAAGGCAAAUACAUUUUUCAGUGAAUUAAGCUGAGUCAAUUUAUCAAAAUAGCACUGCUUGAUGAAUAAAUUCAAUUGUAAAAUCAGCUGUUGCCUGAGAAACUAAAAAAAAAAAAAAAAAAAAAAAAGACUACUGUGCUAGGUGUGGAAGAGUAGGGAGAAUGUGUUAAGACAGAGGAAAAGGGGCAGGUUAUCUAAAGAUGCUGAUUUAAUAAGUCAGUUUUUCUUUGAUUUAAGAGAUAAAGGUGCCCAAACCACAUUCUCCAAUUCCUACCUAAAUUACAUUUUUUGCUAAUAGCAGCUGUCUUGCUAUUAAAGGAGACUCACUCUUUCUUUUAUUCUUCUUUUAAGACUUGUUGACUGUCCCAUUAGACUAGACCCUUCCACAUACAUUUCUUUUGCUGAUUUAUCUCCCAAUUUUUGCCUACUGGAGCUUAAUUUUUUCUCAUUUCAAAUAAAAAUUGUAUAGAACUAGAAGGAAGAGUCUUUAAAGUAUUCCUUAAAGUAUAUUUAAAAAAAGAAAAAAGUGAGAAAUUCAUCACUUUUAAGUAAGUGUGUCAGAAAUAGCAACAUUUUCUACCCAUCACUUGCAUGGUCAUGCAUCACUCAUACACUAUCUGCAGUUUGCUUGAUACAUUUACACAAAUCUGGAUACAUUUAGAGGAAAUAUAAAAUUUCCAUAUUUACUGUCUUCAAAUAUAUAUUAAAUAAGAACAGAUGUAAAACAGAUUAAAUUUAUUAAUCAUAUAUAUUUAUUUUUAUAAUACAACAAAAAAGGUAUUUAGAAACAUAAGGAAUAGAAUAAUUAUGGUCUUCCAUAGGACUCUGUCAGCAACAUCUGUAUACUUUGAUGAAAUAAAUUCUAUAAAGUAUUUAAACUUCUUUGAGAUGGGCAUUCAGUACUUGAAAGAUUAAAGUUCACUGUUAAGAAUUUUUUUCUUAAUACAGAGAUCUUUUUUCCAUAUCUGAUUUAUAUUUCUUUUUUUCUUCCCUAACAUCUUCCUCUAGUAUUAUAAAACUACCUUUUCACUUUGUGUCUUACCUCAAAUGCUCUUUAAAAUUUCUUUAAAAUUACAUUUAUAUUCUUCAGAACUGUAAGCAUGAUAAUCUUACUUGUAAUUUUGAACCUCAUCAUGGUCAGAAAUGUUGCGUGCACACAUGAUUGAAAUAGGUGUGCAUGAUUAAACAGAAACAUUAAAAAAAUAAGGAUAUCUAUUUCUUCAUUGACUACCAAUCACAGACCCCCAUGAUCCCAAGGAUAUUAUAAUAUCCAGGAAUAUUAACAGUUAAAUUGCCAAAUUCAUUUGGAAACUUUAUAGGAAAUAUUUUGAGAUUUACUAGUGUACCUGUCUAGUAAUUAAAACUGUUUAAUAUGCAUAAGUAUAGAAUUUAAUUACAUAAAGAAAAUUAGUAACUUACAUAAAUCACAGCUUUCAGUAAUGAUUUUUGAUAACUUCAAUAUGCAUAUACCUUCAUUACUUGCUUUAUUUUAAAUUUCCUAUUUCACACUACUGAGAAGCUUUUGAGAUUUUGAAAAUCGUAGAGUUGAAAAAAACAUUUUCAUUUUAUUUUCUGGGUGGUCAGUUUCCAAUAUAUAACCAACUCAGUACCUCAGAGUAUAAGGCAUAUUUGGGGGGGGGGGGGAUGUAAAAACAAUACACAAGAAGAGAUGUUAGGUUUGUAAAUCAUUUAAAAAGCAAUCAAAUUACAAAGCUCUUGGCUUAACAAGAAUCAAGAAUUAUAGCACUUUUGCACUAAGUUAUCUUAGUUGUUGAUAAGUAAGUUAUGCAUGCCAUAAUAAAAAAAAAUUUGUUAUUUCACUCUGCAUUACUCUUUAAAAUCUAUCCAGCUAUCACCUGAAUAAAACAGCCUUCUGGCUACAGUUCUAAGGCCUAUCUCAGCCUAUGAAGGGAAAACAAAUCCAAAUCCAAUCCCUGAAAAGCAGUCUUUACAGAAGGUCUUCCGAAGAGAUGGUGAAGAAUGAAUCUCAACCACAUUUCCCUAAAAAUCCAUUUUUUAAUAUAUUUCCCUACCAAAUUUCUACUUUAUAAAUCAGUUAAAUCUCUUAUCCCAAAAUCUUCACCAAUAUUAGGUCUCUUUUUUCUAUUCCUUCAUUAAAUUUUCUAAAACCACCUUGCUCAGCCCCUUCUGUUCUCUCUUUACUCCUCCACCCCGUCUCUUUUCCUUUCUCAGCUUCUACCACUCCACCCCUGGUCCCUAUCAACAAAAGAAGCACAGCAAAC